GCUCUGCUUCUUAAAUUCUGAAAACUUUUGAUUCAAGUUGCCACAAAGCUUGCUUGCAACCCAAGGAAGAGAUGAGGCAUCAACAUAAAGAUAUAAGUCUUGUUAUUGAUCAGACAGAACUUCAAGAUCAUGAUGUUCCACCCAGUGAUAAUGCUAUUAAACAUCCAAAUCUUGUUGAUGAUGGAAGCAGAAGCGGGUACUUGGAUUUGUGUGUUCCACUAUGCCAAGCUGCUAUGAAAGGUGACUGGGAAUCAGCCCGGACUAUAAUCAAUCGACGGCCCGAGAUUUUUCGCGAAGCAAUCACCUUUCAGUGGGAGACUCCUCUUCACAUCGCUGUUGCAUCAAAACAAACACACUUUGUCGAAAAAUUGCUUGAAAUUACGGAUGAAACUGAUCUAUAUCUACGAGACAAGGACGGCAAUACCGCUUUUUCGUUUGCUGCAGCAUCGGGAGUUGUUGAGAUUGCUCGAUUGAUGGCAGAUAAGAACAAGCGAAUUUCAUUGGCUGUAGGGGCUGAAGAUCUGACUCCAAUCCACAUAGCAGCGUUGUUUGCUCGGCGAGACAUGGUAGUCUACCUUUUUGAGACUACAAACCUCAGACCUCUAAUCCUUUCAGGGCAGCUAAUUAAUUUUUUUCUUGCCGUCAUAUCAGCCGAUAUCUUUGUAGCUUUGCAACUACUAAAAGCGAAUAUUAGCCUAGCAGCUGCUCGAAACUCUAAAGGAGAGACAGCAUUGCACUUGAUGGCUCGCAAGCCCUCUGCAAUUUCACGUGAAAAACAGUUGAACCAGUUUCAAAGACUAGCAAAUUCCAUUUUCAAAGGUUUAUUCGGUGGAGCAAAACUGCAAAUCUUGGCUCAUCGGCUCGUAGAAGAUAUAUGGAAAUCAAUUGCACAGCGACCAGAAGAAGAGAUUUGGGAUUUCAUCAAUUCACCUCGAAAUCUACUCUUUGAUGCCGUAGAAUCAGGAAAUAUCGAGUUUUUAGAUAUUCUACUUCGUUCUUGUCCUGACCUCCUAUGGAAAGUUGAUGGGAAAAAUCAAAGUAUAUUUCAUGUAGCUGCUUUACAUCGUCAUGCAAGCAUUUUCAACAUAAUCUACGAGCUCGGGGCUAGGAAGGAUUUGAUAGCUUUUUAUAAAGACCCGUUGCAAAACGAGAACAUUCUGCACCUUGUGGCUCGUUUACCAUCUCCGGAUCGGUUACAAAUGGUACCGGGAGCAGCACUUCAGAUGCAAAGAGAACUACUAUGGUUCGAGGCUGUUAAAGAGAUUGUUCCUCAUACAUACAUCAAAGCUGGAAACGUAAAGGGGGAGACACCGCAUGAUAUAUUUAUUAAAGAACAUGAAAAUUUACGCAAAGAGGGAGAGAAAUGGAUGAAAGAAACCGCAACAGCAUGUAUACUCGUAGCAGCGCUGAUUGCUACCGUGCUUUUUACAGCAGCCUUCACCGUACCAGGUGGAAUCAAAGAAUCAACGGGUCUUCCUAACUUGGCUGAGAAUGAGUGGUUUGAUACCUUCACCAAGUGGGACAUCAUUGGUCUCUUUACAUCUGUCGACUCUGUUGUGAUCUUCUUGUCGAUCUUGACUUCUCGGUACGCGGAAGAUGAUUUUCGGAAGGCCUUACCGGCGAAGCUGGUGUUCGGACUUACAACAUUGUUUGUAUCGAUAAUCGCCAUGGUUGUUUGCUUCACCGCGACAAUGAUCUUGAUCCGUGAUCACACGUCUACUGGGAGGCUGGUCCUCAUCUGUGUCCUUGCUGCUCUUUCGAUUCUCUUUUUGUUGUAUUGCAUUUUAGGCUUUGGUGGGACACUGUUAUCUCAAUCUCUAAAAGCUCUUGAAGACCUAAUACUCUCUGGUUUCUCAAAGCUCAAGAGUUUUCCAACGGACACAGGAAACAUGAAACAUUUGCGGAUCUUACUGGUUGAUGGCACAGCGCUAGAAGAGAUUCAAAUGAUAUUGCACUUCAAAGAAUCACUCCAGCAUUUAUGCUUGAGUGGAAAUAGCAUGAUCAACCUGCCAGCUAACAUCAAACAACUUAAUCAUCUGAAGUGGCUUGACUUGAAGUUCUGUGAGAAUCUCAUAGAGCUUCCCACACUUCCUCCAAACCUUGAAUACUUAGACGCACAUGGAUAUCACAAACUGGAACGCGUUAUGGAUCCGCUGGCCGUUGCUUUGAUCACUGAGCAGAUUUGUUCUACAUUCAUUUUCACUAACUGCACAAAUCUGGAAGAAGAUGCAAGGAACACUAACACAUCCUAUGCAGAACGGACAUGCCAGCUACACGCAUUUAAGUGUUACGAUAUGGUAUUCUCUCACUCCCUUUCACUUUUAAAGUUUCCUUCUAUUUCAGAAUUUGCUAGAGCUUACGCUUUGAUUUUACAUUCCGGCUUCAGGACAACCUCAGGUAACUUUCCUCCGGAGUAGGAUUGUUAGGGCCGACAGCAUGAUAAGUGAAGUACUUUAAACAGUCCUUGCCACUUAUUGUGAAUAACAAUCUUGCUAGCUU